ACCCAGUUAAUUUUGUUGUUUUGUAUUUAAAGAUACUCCAGAUGCAUGGUAAUUGAAUUUCUUCUUUUUUCAGUAUCUUCAUAAAAUUACAUAUUCAGGAGUUUCUGAAUGCCAGUUCUUCUGACUCAUAAACCAACUCAUUGUUCUAUGGUGUGUCAGUCGCAUGGAGUCGUGGCCUUAUGACUUCAUCCUGCUGUGAUUUCUGAAAUGUUCAGCAAAAGAACAGGGCAGUCCAGGAACACCUGUACUCACUGUAAUUUGGUGUUUGGUUAUGUUUGCAGAGGUGCUGAGAUCUCGGAGGGAAGGAGAGACAUCCCCUCUGCCCCGGGAAAGGGGCCUCUCUUCUGGCCAUGUCUCCUGCAGCUGCUGCUGAGCCGGAUGGGGACCAGCAAGACAGGCUUGUCAGCAAGCUCAUUUUCUUCUUCUUUGUCUUUGGCGCCAUCCUGUUGUGUGUGGGGGUCCUGCUCUCCAUCUUUGGGUUCCAGGCCUGCCAAUAUGAGCCCCUGCCACACUGCAGCAUGGUGCUGAAGGUCGCGGGGCCCGCAUGUGCUGUGGUUGGGCUUGGGGCUGUGAUCCUGGCUCGUUCCCGGGCACGACUUCAGCUCCGUGAGGGGCAGCGGCGAGGCCACCACACAGACCCUGACCGAGCCUUCAUCUGUGGGGAGAGCCGCCAGUUUGCCCAGUGCCUCAUCUUCGGGUUUCUGUUCUUGACGAGCGGCAUGCUCAUCAGCGUGCUGGGCAUCUGGGUCCCUGGAUGCCGCUCAGACUGGGCGCAGGAGCCACUGAACGACACAGACUCUGCCGACGUGGAGCCCCAGAUCUGUGGCUUCCUUUCUCUGCAGAUCAUGGGGCCCUUGACUGUGCUCGUGGGAUUGUGUUUCUUCGUAGUUGCCCACGUCAAGAAGAGAAACAACCUGAAUGCUGGCCAGGAUGCUCCUGAAAGCGAAGAGGGACAGACCCAGAGCACAGAGCCUGUCCAGGUCACUGUAGGUGAUUCGGUGAUCAUAUUUCCACCCCCUCCACCACCAUACUUUCCUGAGUCUUCGGCUGCUGCAGUACCUGGAAGUCCUGGGGCUCAUGGUUUGCUUCUGAACGAAAAUCCACCUUCAUAUUACAGUAUUUUUAACCACGGCAGCACCCCGCCUCCCGAGAGCCUGGGCACGGAGAGAGGUCUCGAAUCUGUAUAUACCAUCUCUGGGCCUAGUUCGUCCUCUGCGACCUCACACUCGCCACCUCUGUCAUCUGAAUCACCUCCUAGAUAUGAAGAGAAAGACAACACCACAGCCACGUCCUUGUCUCCGUCUUUCGAGCCUCCCCCGCCAUGAGCUAUGAUUCCAGUUCAGUUUUAUAUAUAAUGGAUCA